CCGCCGCCCGGGGACGCCCACUCGCGAGUCGGGGCCGGUAGGCCGGCCCGGGUCCCAUCGCCUCCGCCCUCCGGUUCCUCUCCGGCGUGAGCCCAACGGGUGUCGGCCCAGCAGCUGCUGCGCUCACCAGGCCUGGGGAGGCAGGGUACGGGGACCGGGCCGCGGCCCCGAGCGGCGUGGUCGCGCUGCCUCUCCGGCAGCCGCCGCCAGAGCCAGCAGCUGCGAGCCACCGGAGGCGGCGCGGAGGAGGCCCCCGCGGCCGGGCAGGAAGGAGACGCGGCCGACCUCUGCCCUCCCGAGGCGCGGCUGCUCCCGCGCGCCCAGGGCCUCCCGCCGCUCCAGGGCUGAGUGAGGAAUGAGCCGGCGCCUACCCCGGGCUCUCGGAGCGUGGGCCCCGGCUCGGCUUCUUAGGCGCGGGGGCUCGGGCACUGCGGCCGGCGGCCUAGCUCGGGGAGCAGGCGCCGGGGUUCACUGAACCGGCCGCGGAGAGGAGGAGGAGGAGGAGGAGGAGGAGGAGGAGCUCGGCGGGGGCGGCCGCCGCGCCUCCCCUCCCCCAGGACACGCCGGGGCUUCUCAGUGGCCGCCGGAGGAGGAAGUUCCGCUCCCUGAGAGACCCGUGCGGUAGCAACAGCGGCGGCGGCCGCGGCGGCUGGCCGGGCUCAGGUGUUUCGGACGCGAUUGCCCUUAGCGCCAGCCGUCGAGUGGGUAGCAGCGGGACUCAGCCGGGCGCCAGGUUCCUGCCAGGCAGCGCCGGGAAGCGCGGGCGGUCGAGAACUCCUUCCUGCUACUUCGCCCAGCGCCGCUGCUUCGGCUUCCCAGCGAAGUGGGAGACCUUCCUCCCUGUUUGCAGACGUCCGUGGGAGACCCUUAUUUUUUCCACCGCUAAGGUUAAGAGAUUCUGGAAUAGAAGCGUCGAAGGAGAUCAAGUGAACCUUCUACAACUCCUCGGAUGUCGCCAGUCUCCCUUUCGGGGCGGAAGACUACGUUUGAGCAUCUCACUGAGGUGCAGGAAUGGAAGAACACACCUUGCAGCUUUUCUGCAGUGUGGCUUGCCUGAUCUACCCCUAGGAAUGAAGAGGAGGCUUGUAAUUAUCCGAUGAAGUACAGAUGUUAAAGAGGAUAUCGCAGGACCUAAACUUGUGAUCGUUUGGGGGAGGUCACACACGUUUCUGAGUGGGAAUGGAUGGGCGUGAAUGACGUGCCCUCUUAAAAAGCACAACAAUCCUUUAAGAGGAGCAAAAUUGAGUUUUCCCAUUUCGGCCAAGAUUUUGAAGACAGUUCAAUGUAUUCUACAUUUGACAUAAGAUGAGAACUUUCUAAAGUAUUCUCUCCAAGAGCGUAAACGAUGACUACCCCAGCCCUGCUGCCCCUCUCUGGACGUAGGAUACCACCUCUGAACCUGGGGCCGCCCUCCUUCCCACAUCACAGGGCUACCUUGAGACUUUCUGAGAAGUUUAUUCUUCUCCUUAUUCUUAGUGCCUUCAUCACUCUGUGUUUUGGGGCAUUCUUUUUCCUUCCAGACUCUUCAAAACACAAACGCUUUGAUUUGGGUUUAGAAGAUGUGUUAAUUCCACAUGUAGAUGCCGGUAAAGGGGCUAAAAACCCCGGAGUCUUCCUGAUCCAUGGACCCGAUGAACAUAGACACAGGGAAGAGGAAGAACGUCUGAGAAAUAAAAUUCGAGCUGAUCAUGAGAAGGCCUUGGAAGAAGCAAAAGAAAAAUUAAGAAAGUCAAGAGAGGAAAUUCGAGCAGAAAUUCAGACGGAGAAAAAUAAGGUAGUCCAAGAAAUGAAGAUAAAAGAGAACAAGCCACUGCCACCAGUCCCUAUUCCCAACCUUGUAGGAAUAAGUGGUGGAGACCCAGAAGAUAAUGACAUAAGAGAGAAAAGGGAAAAAAUUAAAGAGAUGAUGAAACAUGCUUGGGAUAACUAUAGGACAUAUGGGUGGGGACAUAAUGAACUCAGACCUAUUGCAAGGAAAGGACACUCCCCUAACAUAUUUGGAAGUUCACAAAUGGGUGCUACCAUAGUAGAUGCUUUGGAUACCCUUUAUAUCAUGGGACUUCAUGAUGAAUUCCUAGAUGGGCAAAGAUGGAUUGAAGACAACCUUGAUUUCAGUGUGAAUUCAGAGGUGUCUGUGUUUGAAGUCAACAUUCGAUUUAUUGGAGGCCUACUUGCAGCAUAUUACCUAUCAGGAGAGGAGAUAUUCAAGAUUAAAGCAGUGCAAUUGGCUGAGAAACUCCUUCCCGCCUUUAACACACCUACUGGGAUUCCUUGGGCAAUGGUGAAUUUGAAAAGUGGAGUAGGGCGAAACUGGGGCUGGGCAUCUGCAGGUAGCAGCAUUCUGGCUGAAUUUGGUACACUACAUAUGGAGUUCAUCCACCUCAGCUACUUGACAGGGGACCUGACUUACUACAAAAAGGUUAUGCACAUUCGGAAACUACUUCAGAAAAUGGAUCGUCCAAAUGGUCUUUAUCCAAAUUAUUUGAACCCCAGAACAGGGCGCUGGGGUCAGUAUCAUACAUCUGUCGGUGGCCUGGGAGACAGUUUUUAUGAAUACUUACUGAAAGCAUGGUUGAUGUCAGAUAAAACAGACCAUGAGGCAAGAAAGAUGUAUGAUGAUGCUAUUGAGGCUAUAGAAAAACAUCUUAUUAAGAAGUCUCGUGGAGGUCUUAUCUUUAUUGGAGAAUGGAAGAAUGGGCACUUGGAAAAAAAGAUGGGGCAUUUGGCCUGCUUUGCUGGGGGAAUGUUUGCACUAGGAGCAGAUGGUUCCAGAGCAGAUAAAGCUGGUCAUUAUUUAGAGCUAGGGGCAGAAAUUGCACGUACUUGUCAUGAGUCAUAUGACAGAACUGCAUUAAAGCUAGGUCCUGAAUCAUUCAAGUUUGAUGGUGCAGUGGAGGCUGUGGCUGUCCGGCAGGCUGAAAAGUAUUAUAUCCUCCGUCCAGAAGUAAUUGAAACCUAUUGGUACCUAUGGCGAUUCACUCACGAUCCAAGAUACAGGCAGUGGGGCUGGGAAGCAGCACUGGCCAUUGAAAAGUAUUGCCGAGUUAGUGGUGGGUUUUCUGGAGUCAAAGAUGUAUAUUCCUCUACUCCUACACAUGAUGAUGUACAGCAGAGCUUUUUUCUUGCUGAAACAUUAAAAUAUUUGUAUCUGCUGUUCUCCGGUGAUGACCUUUUACCUUUAGACCACUGGGUGUUUAAUACAGAGGCUCACCCUCUGCCUGUGUUACAUUUAGCCAACACCACACUUUCAGGUAAUCCUGCUGUUCGAUGAAAGCAGUUCCAGAAGGACCAUUCUCACCUGUGUUUUGUUUACAUGGACCACUACAGAAAUUAGUUUGAAGAGGCGGCUUUUGAAAACCUGGACCUCUAUGUCAACAUGACAGGGUGAAACUAUUCCCCCUAAGACUUUUCAACUUGUAGAUACAUCAACUUUGAAAUUAUUCCAUUUUAUACCUGACCAAAACAUGUUCUGAUAUGUGUAGGACAGAGACCUGGAUGUGCUUUGAUCGUUAAUGAGGUGGUCACAUGAGAAAUGAUACCUGUUAAUACUGUAUUGUUUUUAGAGUCCUGAAGUCUGGAGGCUAGACUUCCUGAAAGCAAGUCAAGAAUAUAGAGCACCUUGCAGGAGUUCAAGAUGGCCUUUGGAACCAAUUAUGUAUUUGUUUCCUCCUACAGUGGAGCAGCAUUCAAAUCAAAUAUUUACAUAUUGCUUAUCACUUUUUCUCCAUUUUAAUAAUGGAAUGAACUAAAAUAAACAAGAACAAAAGAAUAGUAUAAUUAUAUCAGUAACAAGAAGACUCAAAAAAGAAACAGGAGUACCUAUCCCUAUCUGAAUUUUCAAGUUCCCCAUUGGAUGACCAGACUGGCAACCAUUUCAAAUCCCAAUCUAUUUCACUGAAAUUUCUUGGUUAAGUUUAAUUUUCUCUGGGGGCAUGAUCUCACGAAGAAUACUCAAGUCUUUUUCUUCUUAUGGAAUCAUCGAAACUGCUAUUUAUCAUAAUCACCACUUACGAGCCUGGGUUUGGGAUUUUGUGCAUGUAGUUCAGUCUAGUGUUGGUAGCAUGACAGAAAGUGGGGAAAAUGCCGCAGUUUGUUGCCUUGAAACCUAAGAGCAAUCCUUGGUUUUGUUGGUACAUUAUUUUUCCAGACCAACACAUCUACCAAGUAAAUUUUAUUCACUUUAAUUUCAUAAUAAAGUUAGUAGAGUCACUCAACUUACAACUUUAUUUAUGUGGCUUGGCAAAAAUCACUAUACUAUUAGGCAGCUCUAAAUUUGCCUUGAUAAGCUAAAUAAAUUACUUUUAUAACUUACUAAAGCAGAACAAACAGUGAAACUUUCUAAAAUAUUCUAUCUGGAAUAGGGACAGGGGAUCUUUUAUUUAUAAUCUCAUCAGAUGAGUGAGUUGUUCACAGAUAUUUUAUGUUUUUUUAAUUUUCUCCAAGAAUAUUUAUAGAAUUCCGAAGAAUCAGAAUAGUUUCAAAAUAAUUUUCAGUGAUAAAAGAGUGGUGUAAUUAAUCAUAUUACACUAAAAUUGGGAUACAUCUAAGGAACUUUAUCUUACUAUGCAGUAGGUUUUGCAUUGAUAUUUCUUUUUAAAUAAACUACUAGUUCUUUAUAUUUUGACAAAAAGAACUUAAAUUUUAUCAGGAACUGUAAGAUAAAUAUCUAGUGCUUAUAAAUUUUCUGUCCUUAAAUUUAUGUGACAGUGCAAGAUACUUUUGCUCUUUUCAUUUAAUAUAGGCAUCUUCCAUUGACAUUAAUAAAAGUUAGAAACAGUAUAAUUAGUAUAACAUUUACUCUGAAUUUGAAGAUUUCCUGAAACAAAGUUUGUACAAGAAGCCCACCUUGGAAUUCUGAAGGCUUAUUUUCUUGUUUGAUAAGCUUUUCUUUUAAACUUAGGUUUUAAGUUGGGGAAAGACUUAAUUAAUUAAUAUAGUAUUUUCUAAGGUUGAUCAUCUUAUACCACGAAUCGUUAAUUUUGACAGUUCUACUGAUCCGUAAAUGAUAACCACUGCAAAUUUUUUCAGUAUAAAAUUUUUCACUGCAAAAAAAUUUCAGUAGAAAAUAAGGAUGCAGGGCCAGUUACAAUAGUCCUUAAGAGAGUUAAAUUAUAGCACAUGUUUUGACAUUGUAAUAUCUUUUACUACUUGAACAUUUAAAUUUCUAAAUGAGAAAGGUAUAUAUAUUACUGUAACUGUAGAAGGGAAAAGGGAAAGUAUUUGGUUCUAAAAAAUGUUAGCCUUCCUCGUAAAAGUAGCACAAGCCCACUUAUGAAUCACUGAGAAAAAGUGAAAAACUUGAGUUGGCAAAGAUGCAGAGCAGCAGUGCAGAUGGCAAUGAACUCUCUGAAUUCUCUUUUACCUUAUUUAGAAGAAUGCAGAGUAAAGGGACCUUCUUGGUUCUGCAGGAACUUCUCAAGGGAUGAGGAGACAGAACCCCUACUUCCAAGUGCUCUAUUUGUAUUACCCAGAUGACUGAAGCUUAAGAGAAGGCAGGGAAGUAUACAAGCAGAGCCAGUUCUGGUACAAACAAAGAAUUUGACAGGGACAAUGGAAGGGUCUUCUUCACCACUCCUUACCUUCUAUGUGAUGGAAAGACUAGAGCUUAUAAAAGUACUUCCAUUUUUUUAUUCUCCUGAAUACCAAAGGCAAUUAAAGUCAGCUACAAAUGACUUGCCAGUGUCAUGUUUUAUUUUUGUUAUAGAUUUUUAAAUUAUUUCCUUCAAGAUCAAUUCUUAUCCCAUAUAAUGCUUAGCUUCCAAGAAUAUUCUUUACUUUCUUCUGUCUUUUACAGCUCUUUGCAUUUUGUAGACCUUAAUACUCAGGUUAAAUAUUCAUUGCAUUUAUAAGAUCUUCUUCAAAAAGCCCAGAAAUGGUCCUUUCCAGGUGCCUCUUCAAAGAGCUGACACCUUACCUUGUGCCUUUGGCACAAAUGUGCAGAAUAUAUACAUCAGUUGGUGCAUAAUCGAAAAAAAUAGGAAUUUUGAACACUGUUCUUCCUUCUACAUUUAUUUCUCUUCAUUUUAGAAUCACACUUUUUAUGUUAAACCAGAUUAUUAUGAUUAUUAUUCAACCAGUAUUAAGUUGUUAAAACCAAGGGAAUGGGGCCCUAACCAAAAAGAAGUCUCAACUCAGAAAAAUAAGUCCCCAGUCAGGUGGUUCUUACUUUCUUGCGGGUUGCACAUUUUGUGUCUCUCUAACAUCAGUGUAUUCCUGACUUUAAGCAGGUGUUUAUAUGUAAAAUAAAACCUGGGUAUCAAAGGGAAAUGCAUUCUUUUUAUGGAGUAUUGACCCUGAUCCUCUAUGAUGUCAUAUAGAGCAACUCAGGGCUAUACUUGCUAGAUUUUAACCAAGCAGUUUGAAAUAUUAAUCAUCAUCCUCUCAUCUUCUCCACUCUCCAUUUCCAAAGUCUUUGUCAAAACUCCAAAUUUGUUGAUAAAAGAUUGUGUUUGCCAUUCUCAUUAUAAUGCAGUUUCUCCUUAAGCCUGGAGUUUUUUGAAUGAGUGCAUGAGUAAAUGAGAGAAUGUAUGAACGAACAUUUAUGAAGUAUCUAAUAUGUGCCAAGCAUUGUGCCUGGUACUUUCAAUCAUUAGAAUGUUUUAUGUGAUUCCACGGCAUUUUCUGUAUGAGAGUAGCUCACAACAUUUUAAAUGUUUCCAAUAUGAAUCGUGUUACAAAAUUCUUAAUUUUAUAUUUCAUAUAAAUUAAAGAGGAAAAAGAAAAGGUUUAUAAUAUAUUUUAAAACAAUGUGUUACUAUAUAAUACAACUAUAAUUGUAGUUAAUAACUAAAACCUCUUGAAAAUGUCAAAGAAAUACUUGAUUUCUGAUGCAACUUUGACUAAAAUAUUUACUUUAGAAAUAAAAACAUUCUUAUUUUGCUAUAUCACUUUAAUUGCAUAAUUAAAAAGCAGUGUUUUAUAGAAAUGCUGGUUAUUUUAUAUUCAAAAAGAUUUUGUCACAUAAUUCAUGGGUAAAACUUGCAGUUGUAAAUUGUAUCUGCUCUGGUAUGGGCCCUAUUAAUAGUCCCAUGCUGUUAAAUAUAAAGAAAAAUAUACUAAAAUAUUCAAAGUUCCAAAUAACAGUUCCUAGUAAUAGUAUUUUGAGUUAUUUUUCUUUAGGUUUCCUUAUACUCAAAUUGGCUAGGUCCUAUCUUUCUCUCUCUCUCUCUCUAUAUAUAUAUAUAUAUACAUAUAUAUAUAUGAGAGAGAUAUAUAUGAGAUAUAUGAGAGAUCAAGAUCUAUAUAUGUAUAUAAAUACAAUUAUACACAGAUAAUUUUUAAUACUCUGUUAACAAACACAGUUGAAAACUGGUUUCGGCUGCACAAAUAAGCAGAAUAUUUGAGUAACUAUAUAUGAUAUGGAGAUAUUUUAAUCCAUUUAUCCUGGCUCAAGAACACUGAUAAAGAUGAUUUUCUGUUACUUUAGCUCAUUCAGAUCAGGAUGGACAUGCUCUUUUUGAUCUAUAACUGUUCAGCCAGCUUCCAGAUAAUAUUUUAGGCUAUGAGAGCUAUACAGUCUCUCUUAUUAUUCAUUUCUGCCAUUGAAGUAUCGAAAACAGGUAGAGAUACUAUGUAAAGAAUGGGCGUAGCUAUGUUCCAGGAAAACUUUAUUUACAAAAGCAGAUGGAGGGCUGGAUUUGGUCCAUGGGUCAUAGUUAGUGACCCUGAUCCCAAGUUUAUUUUGUGUUAGACCCUCUAGCCUUUGAUCUGCGUCUUUUCUGUUUUGAUUUACAUAAUUCAUUUUUAAAUCAAAAAGAUGUGCGUAUAUAUGGUUGUGUGUAUCUGUAUAACCUAAAGCUAUAAUAUUUUGUUGUCUUGAAAGUAGAUAUACUCUUCCUGGAGUCUGUUCAGGUUUCAGGACGAUUGACUAUAAUGAAAGAGACAGAAUAGGGUAAGGGAAGAUGGGUAUGCUAUCAGCCAUUUUCUUUGCCUUGUCAUUUAAUGCCAUAAUUUCAGAUUCUCUAUGUAAAAAGAAGGUCUGUGUAUUGUCAAAAUAAUAUACUCUCCAAGUUCUCCUGCUCAUUGACCCUUGGACCAGGAUUCUGGAUUGCUAGAGCUGCAGAAAUUCACCCACUUGGGUACUCUUAGAGCUCUACAGCAAGAAUAUGAUAGAAUGUCUGAUCUUUGUGCUGCAGAAAGCAAACUUUUGAAGAAUUCUAAGCAACAGAAAAUGGGUUAUGUGACUCAUCUGCUAUUUGGCAGCCACUAUUCCUUUUUUAGACUGCAGAACGGUACUGCCCCUGUUACCUCUAGAAUAGCCUGAGUCUGAGGAGUGCAGAGAAAAGAUGUAUCCAAAAGGAGAAUCCCUUUCUCUUGCAUAACUCUCAAUCCUUUACAAGUCAGUAGCAUUAUUUCAGAAUGUCUAUAUGCAUCAUUUUCAACUAAAGCAUACCUCAUCCUUAAACUUCCACUAUUUAACAGCUAAUCCAUUUCAAACUUGGUUUGAGCCUAGCAAUUGCAGAACUCAUAAAAUUGCUUGUGCAAUUACACACCAUAUUACUAGCAUAUACAUUGCAGUGCUCCAAUCAUGCUAACAGAUAAUAGAUUUUUCUUUAAGAAGUUUAUCAAAUACUUCACUAUUUGGGGAAAUUUUAGAGGAGGGGAAGCCUGUAUUCAGAAUGAUAGAGGGAGCAGAGACUUACUGUCUCUCUUCCACAUUAUAAAUGAACUGCCUUUCCAGGUCCAACAUGCUAUCAGGUUGCUUCAGCUCGGUGUGAAUGUAAGUGUGGGGAUCAAACACACACACCUAUACACAUACAUAUUAAUAUGCAGAGGAUUUUAAAUAAUUGCAAAUGUCUUGUGGCUAUUUUAUUUCUACAAAAUUCUGUAAGAUGUAUACCAGAAAACAUAAUAAAGAUAAGCUCAGUUCUUCAUUGGGAAAAAAUAUUUUUAAAGAAAAUUUAGAAGUUUUUGCUGAAUUAAAGUAUCUUCAAUUUUAAUUACUGGAUUUGGAAGUUGAAAUGCCAUCCUUCAAUAUCACUGGUCUCAAAUUCAUUGAAAGAAUUUUUUCUUAAACUAAUAAGUGGGGUAAGUAUAAUCUCCUAAAUUGGUACCCACUGGCUGCUCCUAAACUGGUUUCCAGUCAUGUCCUCCAGUAUGUGAUUUUUAUAAAUUAAAGGUAAUAUUGUAUAUUAAAGUUCAAAUAAAGAUGUUCUUUAAGUGAAAAU